AUGCCAGCCAUCCUAGUGGCCUCAAAGAUGAAAUCAGGACUCCCCAAACCCAAACCGGUGCACAGCGCCCUCCCCAUCCCACAGACCCACAGCAGGCCGUCAGCUCUAGCUCUGCCCACAGCACCCCUCAAAACAAAUAUCCCCUCGCUGGGCCACCAGGGGGGCGCAGGUGGACCCCCGAGAAGCAACACAUCCGGGUCAGAGGAUGGAGAAGGCACUCAGAUCUACACGGACUGGGCCAACCACUACCUUGCCAAGUCAGGACACAAGCGUCUGAUCAAGGACCUGCAGACAGACGUGGCAGACGGAGUGCUGCUGGCUGAGAUCAUCCAGGUCGUAGCCAACGAGAAGAUUGGCGACAUCAAUGGCUGUCCCAAGAGCCGCUCUCAGAUGAUUGAGAACAUCGAUGCCUGCCUCAGUUUCCUGGCAGCCAGAGGAGUCAACAUCCAGGGUCUGUCUUCAGAGGAGAUCCGUAAUGGUAAUCUGAAAGCCAUCCUCGGCCUGUUCUUCAGCUUGUCCCGCUACAAACAGCAGCAGCAGCAGUCGCACCGGCCCGCCCAGACCCAGGGCUCGCACCCUCCCCUGAGCCAGCAGAGCAGCGCCCCGGCCCAGCUCAGCCACUCUACGCAUGGGACUCCAGCCCUUUCAGCCCAGAAAGCAGCACAGGCCGAGAUGCAGUCCAGGGAUGGCUCUCAGAGUAAACUGCUCAAGUUUUCCCUUGGUCAGAAAAAGACCUCUAGACUUCCCGGCCCCUCGGCGAGGGUGUCCACUGCCGGCGGUGACAUCCCUCCAAGAGGCUCGGUCAGUGCUGCUGGGAACAGACGCAGCCAGGGCUUCAGUGACAAGACCAAAGCCAACUCGCACCUGAACAAAGAUUCCUCAGAGGGCACGACCUCACAGCCUUCGGUGAUGACUGAGCAUGCUCCGUCGUCUGCAGUGACAGUCAGCUCCUCCACCAGCAUCCCCGCUGCUACCUCCGCCCAGAUUCCCACCCCAUCUCCUUCAUCCGCCUCCUCUACGGCCAUCCCCCAACCCAACAGCAACAGCAAGCCCUGGAGGAGUAAGUCAAUGAGCUCCAAGCACAUUUCCCCUUCUCCCUCCUCCACCAGCGCCCCUGCACCUGCCAUGCAGUCCACCAAGCAGGAGAAGGACGCCUCCUGCAAGGCUGAAGCUCCUCAGAAGGUUGUCACUCAGAAAUCAAUGCUGGAGAAGCUAAAGCUCUUCAACAGUAAAGGAGGCUCCAAAUCGUCCACCUCCUCUAACGGAGUGACUGACAGCGCUGCUCCAGCCAAGCAGCUCGGAGCAGUGCAGGUGGAGAGAGCCGAGACUGGCUCCAACACCGAGCCCCUGGAGGAGGAGGAUGGCAACCUCCGGCCGGGAAUGAACGGGACCAGCAACGGCACGGCCCACGGGGCAGCCCCCUCAGCAGGUACCACUGUCUCCACAACCGCCAGCAGCCCCAAAAUCGCCCUGAGGGGCAUCGCCCAGCGCACUUUCAGCAGAGCUUUGACUGCCAAGAAGGGCUCUGUCAAAAGCACAGAGAAAGACAAGGACAAGGAGAAGGGGAAGGAGAAGGAGAAGGAGAAAGGGAAGGAGGUGGGGAAACGCAUCUCUGUCCCUGACAGGACCGAGCUCAGGGGAGAUGAGAUUAAAGAGGAAGUAGCACCUGUUGCUGCAGACACAGACAGCUCAAACAAAAGGACUUCUAAAAUCACCAGCUUCAUUCCCAAGGGGGGUAAAGUGGCCAAAAAGGAGAGUUCCACCCCUGCACACAGCGGAAUACCAAAGCCAGGAGGCAAAGCCCCGGGAGUCGGGGGGAAAGCCUCCUCAGUGAAGGAGGCGGGGGAGCGGCCUCGGAGCAUGCGGUUAGGAGGGGGGCUCGCCAUGCACCGUGGGCCCCUGGACAGAGACAGGGACAGCAGACACUCCAGCUCCACUUCCAGCCUGGCCUCCACAGAGGGAAAGACCAGCGCCUCCCCUGUGGCAGGAGGAGGCUCGACACAGAGUACCGCCAGCAACACCAUCAGCGUGCAGCUACCUCAGACUCAACAGCACCACAGCCACCCCAACACGGCCACCGUCGCACCUUUCAUGUACAGAUCCCAAACAGACGGCGAGGGAACGGCGAACACUGAGACCAGCUCAGGAGGAAGAGGUGGAGACGUUUCCUUCAACAAGACCAGCCAGCUCUCCAUCGAGGACCUUUCAGGUGAAGACCCAGAGACGAGGCGGUUGCGUACCGUCAAGAACAUUGCAGAUUUGCGGCAAAACCUGGAGGAGACAAUGUCCAGCUUGCGAGGAACUCAGGUCACACACAGCACCUUGGAGACAACGUUCGAUGGCAGCGUCACCACAGACAUCAGCAGCAGCGGUGGAGGUGGAAGUGGUGGCAGCAACAACAGCGCCGGGGGCCGGAGCAUCCUCAGCAUCACUUCCUCCCGCCCCUCUCUGUCGUCAUGGCGCCUGGGCCAGUCCAGCCCUCGUCUGCAGGCGGGUGACGCCCCCUCUAUGGGGAACAGCUACGGCGGCCGGGUGGUGGCCGGCCAGGGAGGACGCUACCUGUACCCAGGGAACUUGCGGCGGCAGCUGGCCGGACGGGGCGGAGCCCUCUGCAGCGUGGACCUCGGAGACAGAGCUGGGGAGGACAUGGACCUGGAGAGCAUCGCCGUGGACGUCACAGGAUACAUGAGUGACGGAGACGUGCUGAACAAGAACGCAGCACGCACUGAUGAUGUCAGCAGCGGCUACAUGACUGAUGGAGGUUUGGGCCUGUACACGCGGCGCCUGAACCGAUUGCCUGAUAGCAUGGCCGCCGUCCGAGAGACGCUGCAUCGGAACACGUCGUCAGGACAGGGAGAUGCUGACAGCUGGGAUGACAGCAGCUCUGUGAGCAGCGGCAUCAGCGACAAUAUCGACACAGAUGACAUCAACACCAGCUCCUCCAUCUCCUCCUACGCCAACACGCCCGCCGCUCAGCGCAAGGGCCUCAACGCACAGCCUGUGACGGAUGCAGAGAAGCACUCGGCCUCCACAGCGGUGCACCAGGCCUGGUCAGGAGACGAGGUGAAGAGGCCAGACGGUGGGUCGGACAGCGGGGUCAGGAUGGAGACGGGCUCAAAGUGGAGCCGCCGGAACCCCUCCGACAUCUCUGACGAGUCCGAUAAGGGCGGCUCGGGCAGGAAGACCCCCUCAGUGUCCCACACGGGCUCCUGGAGGAGAGGCAUGAGCACUCAGGUCGGGGUGACGUCCCCCCGGACUAAAAGCACCAGUAGCACAGGCUCCACGAGCUCCGGAGGCCUCAAGACCCACAGUUCAGCUAAGACGGAUGACGUCAAAGUGUCAGAGAAGGGUCGUCUCUCUCCUCGCCCUAACGGCCUUCACCGCUCACCCUCAGACACAGGACGCAGCAGCGGCGAUGAGGCAAAGAAACAGUCGAUCCCAACCGGACGCACAACGACCACAAACGCCUUGACACACACUGUUUCAGACCCCCACUCUCAGACACACACGCUCACCUCCCGCACGCCCACCAGCACCUUUGGCUUCAAGAAGCAGGGCCACGGGAUGGUCACCAUGGUUACUGCCAGUGGUGCCACCAUCACGAGUGGCUCAGCCACGCUGGGAAAGAUGCCCAAAUCUGGGGCACGCUCCCUGGUAGGAGGGCUGAAGGCUGGCGGGCAGGACGGCAGCUCGGUGCUGGGUCACCACGACGACGGCUUCCUCCCUAUGAGCGCCCGAUCCACACUGCAGUACCGCAGCCUGCCCCGGCCCAGCCGCUCGGGGGCGGCCGCACGCAACGGGAACCGCUCCUCCACCAGCAGCAUCGAGGCCGCUGUGCUGUCGGUCACCACUCACGGGAAGAACUCGCUCAGUAUGACCAAGACUAACGGCUCAGGAGCCAAUCAGACGGACCGGGAGAAGGGCGUCUCUGAGAUAGACAACCUGAGGAGCGGGAUACAGAGUGGAGGAGCAGCCACUGUCCCUCUGACAGGAAGACAGCAGGUCUCCUCACCUACACUGCGCAGGUUGUUUGGUGGGAAGCCCAGUAAACAGGCUCCGGUCACCACGGCUGAAAACAUGAAGAACUCCACUGUUAUCUCCAACCCCCACGCCACCAUGAACCACGUGGGCACGGUGCUGGAAUCCCCCGACGGAGGUCUGGGAGGCGUAGAGAGCGACACCAGCAGCCCGCUGUUUGGAGGCAGAGUGCAGGGACUAGGGAUGGGCACGCUGGGCAGCGAGCAGGCCUCCAGUCCCGGCUCAGUCUACUCCUCCACCGGCCCCUCCAACAGCCUGACGUGGGGCACCACCUUCAGCAGCUCCUCCGCCCAGAGCAGGGAGAGCACACUGGGUGGGCAUGGCGGGACGGGCAGCAUGGGCUUCCCCUCCGUCAGCAGCAUGCACACCAGCAGCGAGUCCAUCGACAUGAGCCUGGGCAGCGCCGGACACGGGGCCCACAGGGAGGACACCCUGUCCGCUCUGGGACGCACCGGCAGCGUCAAGACCGGCAUGUCGGAGAGUCCCCUCUCCUCCCCCUCUGCUAGCCCUAUAUUCAGCCGAAACACGCUACCUCGGAAGCAGGACAGCGGGCCACACUGUGGUAGAAACACUCUGCCUAAGAAAGGACUCAGGUAUGGCCCGUCCCCUCAGCUGCGAGGCCACGAGGAGGCCCGUGAUUGGCUGCGCUCCCACUCCACCAGUGGGCUGCAGGAAUCAGCCAGUAACUCGCCGUUCUCCCCAAGCUCCAGCCUCACCUCGCCCUCCGGGACGCGCUUCAACUUCGCACAGCUGGCCUCCAGCCCGACCUCGGCAGCUCAGAUCAACCUCGCCGGCAUGCGCAACAACAGCCUGACCAACCAGGACGUCCCCUUCGACCCCUGCAGCGACAACCGGCUGAGGAACUCGUGCAUGUCGCUGGACGAGAAGACUCGCACCAUGAGCAGGUCGGGCUCCUUCAGGGACGGCUUCGAGGAAGUUCAUGGAUCGUCCCUGUCUCUGGUCUCCAGCACUUCUUCCAUUUAUUCCACAAAUGAGGAGAAGUCUCAGUCGGAGAUUCGCAAGCUGCGCCGGGAGCUGGACGCCUCCCAGGAAAAGGUUUCCGCCCUCACGACGCAGUUGAGUGCCAACGCUCACCUGGUUGCAGCGUUUGAACAGAGUCUGGGCAACAUGACCAUCAGACUGAAGAGUCUCACUUUGACAGCAGAGCAGAAGGACUCUGAGCUGAACGAGUUGAGGAAGACCAUCGAGCUGCUGAAGAAGCAGAACGCUGUAGCUCAGGCUGCGAUAAACGGGGUUAUCAACACACCCGAACUCACGCCUAAAGGGGACAGGACAGCCGGCAGUAACGGCAGUUCACAGCAGCAGCAGAAGCAGCAGCAGCAACAACAGCAGCCGGACCUGCGCAUCAGGAGGCAACACUCCUCUGACAGCGUCAGCAGCGUCGCCAGCGCCACCAGCCACUCCAGUGUGGGCUCAAACAUGGACACGGACGCAAAAAACAAGAAGAAGAACAAAAAGAACUGGCUGCGCAGCUCCUUCAAACAGGCGUUCAGCAAGAAGAAAUCUCCCAAGUCGGCUUCUUCUCACUCCGACAUCGAAGAGAUGACGGACUCGUCGCUGCCAUCUUCCCCUAAACUGCCCCACAACGGCCCCAACGGCUCCACCCACAUGCUCAGGAACACACACUCCAACUCGCUAUUGUCUGAGUGUUUGGACAGCGAGGCGGAGACGGUGAUGCAGCUGCGCAGUGAGCUCAGGGAGAAGGAGAUGAAACUGACUGACAUCCGCCUGGAGGCUCUCAGCUCCGCUCAUCAGCUGGACCAGCUCCGGGAGGCCAUGAACCGCAUGCAGCUGGAGAUCGAGAAGCUGAAGGCGGAGAACGACCGUCUGAAAGUGGAGAAUCAGGGCAGCAGGAUGGGCUCCCAGGCCUCCAUCUCUUCCUCUCCUCCCCCUCACACACACAGCCAGGCCCAGGGAACCGGGCCGGGGCUCUCCCAGCACAGCCUCAACCUCACCACCAGCGAGUCCACCAGCCUGGACAUGCUGCUGGACGACACCGGUGGAGAGGGAGGGAUGAGGAAGGAGGGUCGACACGUGAAGAUGGUCGUCAGCCUGGACGAGGACAGCAAGUGGGGAGAGGAGGGCCGGCCUCGUCAUUUUCUGAUUGGUUGCAUCGGUGUGAGUGGUAAAACCAAAUGGGACGUCCUGGACGGGGUGGUCCGGCGCCUUUUCAAGGAGUACAUCACCCAUGUGGACCCGGUAAGCCAGCUGGGCCUGAGUUCAGACAGUGUUGAGGGAUACAACAUCGGAGAAAUCCACCGGCCCAGCAGCCUCAGCGCCGCCCACACGCCUGAGCUGCUGCCCUGCGGCUACCUGGUGGGAGACAGCAACACCAUCAACAUCCAGCUCAAAGGUGUGAGCAGUGAGAACGUGGACUCGCUGGUGUUCGACACUCUGAUCCCGAAGCCGAUGCUGCAGCGCUACGUCUCCCUGCUGAAGGAGCACAGACGUGUCAUUCUAUCGGGUCCAAGCGGGACAGGAAAGACGUACCUGGCCAAUCAGCUGUCCCGACACCUGCUGCUGCUGGAGGGCCGACCUCUGACCCCGCGUGCUGUCGUCACUUUCAACGUGGACCACAAGUCCAGCAAGGAGCUGCGUCAGUACCUGUCAGGUUUGGCUGAGCAGUGCAGCGGUGUCCCGGGGGCAGACAGCCCUCUGGUGGUCAUUCUGGACAACCUGCACCACGUCAGUUCUCUAGGAGAGAUCUUCAACGGUGUCUUCAACUGCAACUACCAGCAUUGCCCCUACAUUAUCGGCACCAUGAGCCAAGCCACAUCCUCUGCCCCCAACCUGCAGCUUCACCACAACUUCAGGUGGGUGCUGUGUGCCAACCACAUGGAGCCGGUGAAAGGCUUUCUUGGUCGCUACCUGAGGAGGAAGCUGAUCGAGACGGAGAUCGGCAGCCGAACGCGCAACAUGGAGCUGGUGAAGAUCAUCGACUGGAUCCCGCGGGUUUGGCACCACCUCAACCGCUUCCUGGAGACACACAGCUCCUCAGACGUCACCAUCGGACCUCGUCUCUUCUUGUCCUGUCCCAUGGACGUGAAGGGAUCCAGGGUUUGGUUCACUGACCUCUGGAACUACUCCAUCAUCCCCUACAUGCUGGAGGCCGUACGAGAGGGACUGCAGCUGUACGGUCGCAGGGCUGCGUGGGAGGACCCUGCUGCUUGGGUGAUUGAAACCUACCCCUGGUCAGCCACGUCAAGUCCAGCUGAUUGGCCCCCGCUGCUGCAGCUCCGCCCGGAGGAUGUGGGGUUCGAUGGCUACUCUGUCCCCAGAGAAGGCGUGAGGAAAGAACCACCACAGAGCGACAGCGACGCAGAUCCACUGAUGAACAUGCUGAUGCGGCUGAAGGAGGCGGCAACGUCAUCGAGCCCGCAGAGCUACGACAGCGACUCCAACAGCAACAGCCACCAGGACGACAUCCUGGACUCGUCGCUAGAGUCGACCUUGUGAUGCAACACUGGGAUCAUUUUUUAGGAGGAACUUUUUUUUUUAAAAGGACUGUUCUCACUGUGAGAACUUCUUCUUUAGGGUAUAAUUUCAUGCCACAAAAUCCAGCCACCUUAAUUUGGGUGCAGGUAACCCAAAUGUUUAAAAUGAGAGAAAAAAAAGGUUCAAAUUGCAUUUCAGAAAACGGGCAACAAUAGUUUUUUACUGCACUGCGCUGUUUAGUUUUUUUGUUGUUUUUUUUUCACCGCUGUGGCCCGUGGCUCCUCUGUCAGGAGCCUGACAUCUACUUCAGACAGACAGAAUAAAAGCACACAGCCUGUGACUGUUGCGGCAUCAUCAUUACCAUCAUCAGCAUACUUACACACCAGCCAGGAGUCCUUCAACCUCAGCUCCAGCUCAUCAGGCUGAGAGUAUCCCAGCUCUGCCCAGCUGCAGUUCAGCUGAGCUGCCUGCAGAUGGCGAUACAGACCAUCCUUAUCUCUGGAGCGUCGGUGAGAACACAGAUGCUGCUGGUUGGAUGGAUGAACAGCCAGCAGCUUUCCGCUCUUCCUCCUCUGCGGCUGAAGUUGUGAUUGCUGGAGGAUAAAUCGAGGCAAAGUGAAUGUUAAGUCCAACAGCCCACCCACACUUCUGAAACUAUUGACGCUGUUUCAUUUUUUACAACCCCAAACUAUAUUAAAAAACAACUUUUUGAGUGGAAAAAAACAGAUUAUGUAUGUCCACAAAAAGUAAUGAAGAAAGCACUAAUAAAAAAUAGUUUCUACUCAGUUAUAUCUGAAUGUUUUUGAGUUAUAUGUCCGCAUCCAAAGCUCUACAUGGACGACAAGGAUGAGAACUGUUGUCUUUAUAUGACAUAAAUAUGGCAACAUUGCUUCACCACCAGUGUAAUGUAAAACUGUAAAAAUUCUCCCCAUAAUUCUUGCUGACACUUUUUUGUUUCUUUUGGAGUCGACACAUCAUUACAGUACUCUUCAUCCUGCCUCGUAACUUAGAAACUGAUGUUCUUGCAGAAAGUAUUUCCUUUGAAAUGAAGCAGAAUAACAUAUCAAUGGUUGAAACAGACACCAACAUCUAUAGCCCAUAUAAUAUUACAAAGCAAUCCAAGACAUAAUUAUAUAAUAAUGUCCAAGACAAAAUUGUAUUUACAAAUUCCCCUUAUAGAGUCCGAGUUCUCCCAAAAACGUUCAGAAGUAAAGGGCACUAAGUGGGAUAUUAACAUUCACUAUAGCUGGAUUUAUCCUCUGAACGUUUGAGAUAAUGUCCUUUUCGAUCUGUGUUGUGAUUUUCCACGUUAAAAUGCCUCUACCACUUCUAAGUUCUCGCUUUGAACACUUAAUAAUCCUUUGAGAUCUCCAUGCACAUUGGCCCAAACAGGCUGUUGUAGCACAAAUCUCUUUUGGUGCUGGACUGAACUCUUAAACAAUGCCUUACUCUUUUCUAACAGACUAUGUGCAUUAGCUGAUUCUUUAUUUGUCUAAAUGGCUGUAAACUUAACAGGGCUUCGGGUCGACUCCCUCCUCGAGCACCUCGGGUUGUCGAGGAGCGCCGUCGACCUCUCAUCAUAUCAAACACCAAUGCCGUGGGAUUGAGACAUGAAUGAGAUGCAGUACUUUGGGUUUUAAAUUAAAAGUUGUAUGCAUGUAUGACCCAGUGCUGUGAAGCUGGUGUAGAUAUUUGGACCACUAGCAAAAAAAAAAAAAAGAAAUAAAAAAUAUAUAAAUGUGUUUUGGUGCUUGAAAUCAGAACGUUCUGCAGGUUGAUUGGGUGCGGGAAGUUUAAGAAGACGUGUUAAUUUUUAUACCUCAUCCCCAUCCUUUAACUGUGCUUUGCCACGCUCAUAGUCUGUUUUAUGUGAUUUGUGAUGAACAAAACUGUCCUAACAAACAUGUUGAACUAAUUAAGUGAAAACUAGUGUAAAUGCUGCUUUGUUUAUAGUGAAAUAAUUAAUCUGAGGUUAAAGGUAUAAAGGUACUUGUUGUUGAAUGAUAAUGUAAAACGGUUUGACAUAAUUUCUGUUGCUUAAAAAUAUAAAGAAUAUUGUACUUUUUAUUUGCUUUAAACCUCCCGGCCUGCCUUCUGGGAAGGGCAGGCGGACGUUUAAAGAAGGGGUCACGUCAUCCAGCACAGCUUCCAUCGAUUUCAGUGUUUUUGUCAAAGAUCCUAUGCAACAUUCAUUCUGAUCUCCAAAUGGAAGCCAAAAGCUGAAUGGGCGUUUGUCCCCCUGCGUGGUUUUCAGCACUGCCGAGACGUACAGCAUGGAAGCAGACUUGUGAGGACUUUUUUUUCAGAUGCGUGGCCCAUGUUCUUUGUCCAUAUGUGUGGCUGUGUAGUUUAGAGGCUCUCAUGCUAUGGUCCUUGUAAGCACAAAGAGACUGAUUCUGUUCGUCUCGCCUGUUCUGAGAGGUGUGGAUGUUGUUGAAGCAUUUGACCAGUCUGUCAGUUUAUUACUCACAAACUCUAUGAAUGUUUAGCCUUCUUUGCUAUGUACAUUUUUUAUAUGUAACAUAACUUUGUAAAUAGUUGGAUUAUCUUGCAGCAUUUUGAUGACUUUUUCUAGAUGAUUUGUUACAGUACUUGAAAAAGGAGUAUUUUGUGUACAGUCUCUUUACAUCAGAGCAGAUUGAUGCUGUUUGUCAUCACUGGUCUGUCCAGGGCUCGGAGAUUUAAAUCUGAUAUCACUGUACUAGUCUUAAGUUAUUGUGAUUCAAUAAAAUUAAUGAUUAUUUAUGA